CGAACGGCGUAGUAUGUAACCGUUCUUUCCCGCGUCGAACGAGUCGAGACUGGUCGAGACAGGCUACACAAAUCAGCCGGUUCAGCGCUAAAAAAUCUUGAGUUCAUUGAAAAACAAUACGAUUUAAUCAUCAAUUUAAUCUAGUCGAGGAGCAGAGCUAGCAAAAUGUGGGGAGAGCUCAACACCGGUGAAUCGGAGGGAGGUUUUAUGGACGAGAGUUACAACACAGGAGCCCAGCAGACACAGAAGGAGGGCAAGAAGAGGGAGGACAACAAAAUCAUCCUGCCAAUUAUGAUUGGCAGUCUGCUGCACGAGACUCCACAGUCCCUACAGCAAUAUGGAAAUAAUAGUGUUUCAGCUGUUCGUGUUGUUGCUGUUGUCACGAAGAUCACUGAGGCCACCACCAAAAUUGCUUAUGAACUUGAGGAUGAGACAGGUAAAAUAACAGGCUACCGUUGGUUGGAGACAGACUCUACAACAGCCUCUGACCCAAUGGACAUAAAAGUCAACCAGUACGUCAUCAUCCAUGGCUGCCUCCGAGAGAGUGGAGAGGAAUCCCGACAUUUAUUCAUCCUCAACAUUCGUCCCUCAGUGACUCACGGAGAGGUCUUGAAUCACCUCCUGGAGGUUACCAUGGCAGCUCGCCAUAAGACCAUCGGACUGUCCAGUCCAAAGGCAAAUGCAGGUGCAGUCGACAACGACGACCCCAGUACACAUGGCUUGACCCCUGACCAAGGAGUAGUUUUCAAACUCAUCAAACAAGUGGACGAACAUGACAUUGGGAUCGAGAGGAACGAGUUGAAAAGCAAAGUCCCGCCUCAGUUGGCAUCAAAGGUCGAUGAAAUCCUUGAUUUCCUUGUGUCUGAGGGACACAUCUACACGACACGUACUGAUGAUCACUUCAAGGCCACUUAAGGCCCUUUCUUCUUAGACUUUAAACAUUUUACUUUAUUUUACUUGUAUUAUCUGGGCAGAGAAUGUACACCCGGCGAAUGAUACGUAUCAAUAAGUUUUGUUACUGAAGUUUCUAAUAAGUAAUUAAGAGUUCCAGUGUAAAGGGGAAUUGAACAUAGAUUAUAUCUACCUCAAGUGUCUCCCAUCGAGGGACAAAUACACCUUAUUAAGUGCCUGUUCUAAUUGUUCUUAUGCUAAAACAACUGGAAAAUGUUCAGGAAUAAAUUCUGUUCAAUUCUCUGAUUUAUUACGUCUCGUCUAUUCACAUCUUCUCUUGAUCAAUAAAAAUUCUUCGAGUUUAACUUCCAAUAAAGAAUUAAUUUCAUGUUUUUCAUCUUGCGAAAGAAUAAAAAAUGAUUAAAAAUUUAUAAUGUGAUCUUAAAAAAAUGUCGAUAACACUUGGAGUCCAGAACAGGGGUAAUUAGUCACCAAAAUAGAAGAAACAAAAUAUGAAAAUGAACCUAAAAUACCCUAUUCAUGAUAAGUGAUCAAGGAAAUAUUGAAUGCAGGAAUAAAAGAAAUUAUUCAAA